AUGGUAGCCACACAAUUCCUCUUCCUGCCACUGCUUGGUAGCGCUGCGAGCGCUGCGAGGACUGCAAACCUAUUGGCGACACAUUAUUUGGGAACUAUCAAUCACUUGACAUUUGGCGGUGAUUCCUUGUCGCUGAAGAGCUCUCAAAGCUCAGGCAACAAGCUAGCGAGCUGGGUGACAUACGAUAGUGCCACCAAAGCGCUGUACAUUCCAGAUGAGACCUUCCAAAAUGCCUCAGAAGGCAGCUUGACUUCCUUCACCGUAGGAAAGGAUAAGACCUUGAUCCCCGCUGGCAAGGGCCGCGCGCCAUUGGGAGGAGUUGCGACAGCACUGUACGGUGGUCCCAAUGGAAGGAGCUUCAUUGUAACCGCUCAUUACCAAUCUUCCCAACUGUCGACAUUCAAGUUACCGCUCAACGGCAGUGAGCCACUUCAGACUGUGGAGUUCUUUAUGAGGGGUCCGGGCCCGAACCCAAGUCGCCAGGAGGCGCCACACCCGCACCAUGCUGUUGUGGAUCCCACAGGAGACUGGAUUAUCAUUCCAGAUCUAGGUGCAGAUAUGCUGCGCAUCUUCAAGAUCAACCAAAAGACCGGUCUGCUUUCGGUCUGUCCUACCGUAGCAUCUCUGCCAGGUACCGGUCCAAGGCAUGUCGCAUUCUGGACCCCAAAAAGUAGUAGACAUAUGCGAGAAGCCAAGGACACCACACUCUUCGUAGUGGAUGAAUUGACAAACACUGUCUCGAGAUGGAGUGUGACGUACCCGUCCGGAGAAGGGUGCUUGACCAUGGAGCGGAAGCAGACUGUAACGCCCUAUGAGGGUAAUGCCACUGCACCCACAGGAACCAAGCUCGCAGAGAUUAGGACAAAGGGCAAUUUCUUAUACACGUCGAACCGUAACGACCAGAAGUUCGCGCCGAACGAUUCGAUGACACAAUACACUAUUGCUCCUGAUGGCAGCCUGACCUGGACAGAGACGACGUCUUCGUAUGGCACGUUUCCUCGUACAUUUGAUAUCAACAAAGCCGGCGACUAUGUUGCGAUUGGUGAUCAGACAACUGCGAACGUGGCCAUCGUCGCAAGGGAUCCAAGAACUGGAAAGCUAGGCAAGCUCGUAGCUGACUUGCGGGUUGGACCAGUCGGCACCUUCGACCAAGCGGAUGGUAGGUUCUACAACACCCAGGUUACACCAGCUAAAUAUUAUCCAUCCACUCGAAAACGUGCUAUUGAAGUCCUGCGACCCAGCGAAUCAACCACUCGAUCCAUCAAGAUGAAGACCGAUAACUAUUUGAAUCUUUGCAUCGAGCAGGCGGCAAAUUCGCCCCUUCGCUAUCGCCAUGGCGCUAUUGUUGUUCGUGGCGGUAAAGUUAUUGGUCAAGGCUAUAAUGACUAUCGUUCUGGCUUUGAUGGUGGUGCUUUGAAGACAGGUCGGCUUCCAUUGCGGGCCUCCAGUGCCGCCACAAUGAAUAAACUGAAGAAGCACGAAUCGAAGCAGAAGCCGGACGCGGAGAGCAUAGCUGAGACUAGUUUUAUGCUUUUUGAGCAGAUCAACGGCGGUGGUAAACUUGUUAACACGCCUCUUUCUAUGCACGCUGAGAUGAUGGCGAUCCACUCUGCUCUCACAGCUUCCAGCGCUCUGGUCUCCAGCGCGGUGUCUUCUGAAAAACCGUACUUCAAAUUACCAGGUGGUUCUAAACAAAAGGCUCGCUUACGACGGGACGCCAUCAAGUCUUACGUUGAAAUUGUGUGCAAGGCCGCACUUGUCCACGGCGAUUUGAACAAGGUGCAUCUAAAUCGAAACUUACCGAAUCUUGCAGCUCUGGAAAAGGAGUGCAAGGAGGACGUGGGCUUGCCUGCAGAAAGGAGUACAGUGUUACAGAAGAAGAAGAAAGACAAAGAGAAGCAACAUCACAACAUCGGCAACAACUACAACACUGGCCAUCACGAACAGCACAAACCAUCUUCACAUAAGCAAAGCCUGGAUGCUAUGAAAACCAUUACGUCUUAUGAGGAUGAUUUUUGCGAAGUUGAUCUACGCCAAGCUGGAUCCAACGGCCACGCAGUCAUACCAAAUAGCCAACCAUUACUUGUGCCAAAGGGUCAGUCUGGGCAGGCUAGUCGCGCUGUGAGGGACCGAAAAAGAAGUGCACGUCUCAAUGGAGCGGACAUAUACGUGGUGAGGCUUGGGCGAAAGGGAUUCCCCGUGACUGAUGGCUCUGAAGUAUGCUGCAUCCACUCGAGGGAAGUAGCAGACAUGCUGCCUCUAAGACCCAGUACUGGGUCUCUCCACGAAGAACUCGCCAAUCCAGAAGUGACGCAGUCAAAGCGUGCGCCGUGCUCAGUAUCUUCGAAAGCUGCAGUACCUCCACUUCUCACGUCGCGUCCAUGCUACAGAUGUGUGUCAUACAUGGCAUCUGUUGGUAUCCGACGGGUGUUUUGGACAACAGACAAAGGGGAAUGGGAGAGUGCGAAGAUACGAGACCUUGUUGAUACACUUGACAAUCUUUGGCAGGAACCUCGGCUUGAUACUGCUACGACUAUUGAUAGUAUCUUUGUCACUAAGCACGAGGUUCUUAUGCUGCGUAGGACGAUGGAUAACGGGUAA